AUGGCUGCGUCUUCCUCCUUACGUGCUCGACUAGCUUUCGUCGUUUUACUCUCAGCGACUACCUUUUACUGUAUCCACAAAUAUCGCCGAUUGAAACGCAUCAAAAACCUCUCCUUAAACCCUAGCAACCUCACCUCGAAAGCCAGCAGAGGAAAGAUCUUCUUCAUCUCCCAAACCGGAACAGCGAAAGCCUUAGCGCAACGGCUUCACGAGCUCUUCGCAGCUAACGACAUCGCGUUUGAUCUCGUCGAUCCACGGAGCUACGAGCCAGAGGAUCUCCCCAAGGAGUCUCUGGUUAUCUUCAUCGCGUCGACAUGGGACGGCGGGAAACCGCCUCAGAACGGAGAGUUUCUCGUGAACUGGCUCUCCGAGAGCGCCGAGGAUUUCCGAGUCGGCUCGCUUCUUCUCUCCGAUUGCAAAUUCGCCGUGUUCGGCGUCGGGAGCCGUGCGUAUGGCGAAUCGUAUAACGCCGUGGCGAAGGAAUUGUCGAGUCGGAUGGUGGGAUUGGGUGGACUCGAGAUGAUUCCGGUGGGAGAAGGCGACGUCGAUGACGGAGAAUUAGACGGUGCAUUUGAGGAGUGGUCUGCUGGAGUGAUUAAAGCUCUGAAGGGAGACUCCGAGCUAGAAACAAAUUUGGUUUUGCAGAAUGGUGAUGUUGAGAAUGAUGACGAAUAUGUCGAUACAACAGAUGAUGAUGAAGAUGACGAUAAUGGGGAGGCGGAUAUUGUUGAUCUCGAAGAUAUUGCUGGAAAAGCUCCUUCAAGGAAAAACGGCGUAGUGAAAGUGGCUAAAGGUGAUGGAAAGAAGGAAAUGGUGACUCCUGUGAUCAGAGCAAGCUUAACGAAGCAGGGGUAUAAGAUCAUUGGUUCGCAUAGUGGAGUUAAGAUAUGUAGAUGGACUAAGUCACAACUUAGAGGCAGGGGAGGUUGCUACAAGCACUCAUUCUAUGGCAUUGAGAGUCACAGAUGUAUGGAGACGACACCUAGUUUGGCUUGUGCAAACAAAUGUGUCUUUUGUUGGAGGCAUCACACGAAUCCAGUGGGAAAGAGCUGGCAGUGGAAGAUGGACGAUCCUAAGGAGAUUGUGAAAGGUGCUCUAGAUCUUCAUACAAAGAUGAUUAAGCAAAUGAAAGGAGUUCCAGGUGUAACUCAAGAGAAGUUAGAAGAAGGACUAAACCCAAGACAUUGUGCACUAUCACUUGUUGGCGAGCCGAUUAUGUAUCCGGAGAUCAAUGCCCUUGUAGAUGAGCUGCAUGGGAAGCGUAUUUCUACAUUUUUGGUUACUAAUGCACAAUUCCCCGAAAAGAUUUUGAAUAUGAAGCCUAUCACCCAGUUGUACGUAAGUGUAGAUGCUGCCACAAAAGAGAGCUUGAAGGCUAUUGAUAGGCCUCUCUUUGCAGAUUUCUGGGAGCGGUUUAUUGACUCCUUGAAAGCUCUCCAGGAGAAGCAGCAGCGAACCGUCUACCGAUUAACACUUGUCAAAGGAUGGAACACAGAGGAGCUAGAUGCUUACUUCAAUCUCUUCAGCAUUGGCAAACCUGAUUUCAUCGAGAUCAAAGGCGUCACAUAUUGCGGAUCAUCUGCAACAUCGAAGCUGACAAUGGAGAACGUACCAUGGCACGCGGAUGUUAAAGCGUUCUCAGAAGCUCUGUCUCUGAAGAGCGAAGGAGAGUACGAGGUUGCUUGCGAGCACGCCCAUUCGUGCUGUGUUCUUCUAGGGAGGACCCAGAAGUUCAAAAAGAAUGGGAAGUGGUUCACUUGGAUCGACUAUGAAAAGUUCCACGAUCUGGUGGCAUCUGGAGAACCGUUCACGAGCACAGACUAUAUGGCUGAGACACCAUCAUGGGCUGUGUAUGGAGCAGAGGAAGGUGGUUUUGAUCCAGAGCAGUUGCGUUACAAGAAGGAAAGGCAUCAUCACCCUAAACCACAACCACAGCCACAGCCACAGGCGGUUUUAGCUUAA